UAUUGCAUGAGAGUGAGCGUUGAAUUAGUUGGCUAACUAUACAGACGUGUUUUAUCAUUGCACUAACGCCGUUAUAUGAUGCGAAGGUCUAUGGUAAGCUUAUUUUAAUAUGAAUAUUAUCUGAAAAUAUAGUUUAAUAACAUAGUACUGUUAUAGGGGGACAAUCUAAGCCUGGCAUAGCUUGACGCUGUUGCCGCUUUUUGGGGGACCUCACAACACUACUAGUUUCCCUGCAUUAGCUGUAAGCAGACCAUGCUGUGACCGCUGGUGCUUAGAGCUAUUUUGUUUUGUUGGUGGGGUGGGCAAUUAUUUUCACUUUCAUAACUUAUUUAUCAUUAUAUCAAUAGCGUAAGGACCAUUUUUAUGAGUGACUUAUUUCUAUGAUGCCAUUGCCUGAGCAUGGCAUCAAGUAAAAAUAAACAAACCAUGAGGGUUCUAGGUAGGCCUUGCAUGAUAACAUGGUCUCUAUGAAAUGUGGGUGUUGCAGAGUGGAUUACGGCCAUAUACGGGUGGAUCAGUAAUGUGGCCAAUUUAUAUAAUGAUCCCAAUCCCACGGGUAAACUGCUCUCAAGCCAUCUCCAAUUCCCUAAAAAUUCCCAUGUUUCGCUGUAAGCCACACUUUGGAUCUGUCCUAUAUUUUUCUCCCAUUAAGUUAAUAGUUUAAUCCCCUUUUCUCUCAUUGCGUCCCCAUGUAAAUUAACGUAAUAAUAACGCAUAUGAAUCAUUAUAUUCAGUGGUGGAAAGCAGGCAGGGUGAGGCUGAUGAUGUCACAGACAGUUUUUGUAAUUCCACAGCGUUUGUGAUGUCACUCAGGUGUGAGAUUAAAGGCUCUGCUUGGCUCAGGACAAUCAGUUAUUGCAUGAGAGUGAGCGUUGAGGUAGUUGGCUAACUAUACAGACGUGUUUUAUCAUUGCACUAACGCCGUUAUAUGAUGCGAAGGUCUAUGAACAUGUGGCUGCCCCAUUUGGGGCUGACACAGAAAGAUAGACUCAUAAUACUGAACUACCAGGGUGUAAGCAUCCCCAUUAUUGAUGCCGCACAGCACAUACUGCGCAAUCAAUUUCAUGUGGAAGGCUUGCAGCCUGCGAAAUUAGGAGCGGCUGGCUCCUUCACCCCCGUCUCUGGCCCAUCACUGCAGAUACACCCGGAUAUGGAUGACAAACACUUCUUUGUGUCCUGCUUUCGAGAUGGGCAGGUGCAAAUUGCAGACAGCGACAGAUGGCGGCUUACCCCCUCUGGCAGCAGGCAACUACAGGAUCUAUAUCAGGAUGUUGUCCCUAAAGACCUGCUGAAAAAUCUUAACAUCUUGAACGUGGAGCAACAGAGGCCAGACUCAGGGAACUGCGGGCUAUAUUCUGUUGCGAAUGCUGUGGAGUUCCUCUGCACCGGCGACUUUCCCAGGCGCAGAUUCAAACAGCGAAAGCUAAGACAACAUCUCAUACAGUGCCUGGAUGAUGGGGAAUUUACCCCAUUUCCCAAAAGAAGCCGCCAUAACAACCAGAGGAAACUCAUUCCGGCAGUUGAUAGCAGCAGUCUAGACACUGGAAAAACUUCACCUAUUCCAGAAUCUAGAAAAAGAAAGUGCCCUGAUGAGAAUGGCAACAACAAACGGGGGAAACUUGAUGAAGCCAUCUGAUGUGAAUGGAAUCCAACAUAGACUGAGGAAUCAGGCUCCACCGACAAUGGCUGUGUCCCUCACUUAACACCUAAAUCAAUUUGUCCAGGCCUCAGAAUUCUACUGAGAACCCAAUGUCCGUCCAAAUAACAUCUAGGACCGGAUACUGGACAAGUAAUCCAUUCACACAUCUGUUAUGAUCCUGGGAAACUGGACAAGUAAUCCAUUCACACAUCUGUUAUGAUCCAGUAAUCCAUUCACACAUCUGUUAUGAUCUGCUGACGGCCGGAGGAAUGGAGUAACUGAGCAGAGAAGUGUACGGAGCAAGGAGAUAAAACUGGGAAAAAAGUGACUUUACACAGACUGUGACAAGACAGCGGUAUAACAAAGCAUUCUGCUCAAGUUCUAUCCAGAAAACCUGCACAAGAUUUCUUCAUAGCAUUCUGUUCCAGAGCCAUCCAGAAAACCUGCUCCAGUACUCUUCACAGCAUUCUGCUCCAGUGCUAUCCAUUUGUAAAAAUACUAAUAAAAGUUUAAAAUAUAAUAAAUGAAAAA